GCCCACCGCGAGGGCGCGGCUCUGACGAGAGGGAGGCGGCUGAGGGGUCACGAGGUCACGACCGUGACCCGGAGCAACCGGCACCCGCGCGACACGGCGGCCGCUCCACCAUGGCGUUCGUGGCCGGGCAGCCCGUCACCGCGGUCGUGCAACGUAUUGAAAUCCGUAAAUUGCGUCAUGGUGAUAACCUUAUCCUGGGAUUCAGCAUUGGAGGUGGAAUUGACCAGGAUCCUGCACAAAACCCCUACUCUGAGGACAAAACAGAUAAGGGUAUAUAUGUUACUAGAGUCUCUGAAGGUGGACCAGCUGAAGUUGCAGGACUAGUGAUCGGAGACAAGAUAAUGCAGGUAAAUGGUUGGGAUAUGACAAUGGUAACACAUGACCAGGCCAGGAAACGUCUCACAAAGAAGAGUGAAGAUGUAGUUCGGCUUCUGGUAACCCGUAAAUCUCUUCAGCAGGCCGUACAACAUUCGCUGCAGUAGCCAAGUUCUCAUUGGAAUAGGCGGCACAUAACAAUUGUAAAAUUAUCUUGUGUCAGAAAGCCGUUUAGUCUUUAGAAACUUUAUUCCACGGCAAUAUACUUUGCUCUCAGUACACUACACAGGCGAGCCAUCAAAGGCACCACUGUUUGAGUCACUAACAACUACAAUUAGCACAGAUUUCACUGAGAAUUGCAUAAAAACUCCCUUUAAUAUAAUGAUUGAUAAACUGCACUAAACUAAUUCAGCAAAUUAACCACUAGGACCAUGUCUCCAAAGUGAGAGAAUUCAGAAUCUCAAGCUUAUUAAUAGCAUUAAUAGACAGACACUUGAUUUAUUUCUCUCAAACAUUUCCUGAUUGCUAUUUAAAUGCAGCUUUUAGGCUUUUUAAUCAGCUUUCAACCAUCCAAAUGCAGGUUUGCUGCCCAAAGUCAUUGCUGGGAUUCCAGGGAGGGCUGAAUUGGCCUAUGCAUACUAAGAGAAAAUGACACUAUUAUACAAAGGCCCUUUUAAAUGAUACAACUGAUUAGCAAUUGUUUAUUUUACUAACAUUGAAGAACCACAAGGAUAGUUGAGUUUGAAGUACUAGUUUGCACAGUGCCAAAUGUGCAGAGACAACAUUGCUUUAUUUGGUGUGUGCCGAUACAUAAAAUGAUGUAGAGUUCACCAGUUAUAGGAGUAGAAUUAGGCCAUUCGGCCCAUUGAGUCUACUCCACCAUUCAAUCACGGCUGAUCUCUGCCUCCUUAUACCAUUUUUCUGCCUUCUCCCAAUAACCCUUGACACCAGUUCUAAUCAAGAAUUUGUCUAUCUCUGCCUUAAAAAUAUCCACUGUCUUAAACUCCACAGCCCUCGUGGCAAUGAGUUCCACAGAUUAACUACCCUCUGACUAAAGAAGUUGCUCCACACCUCCUUUCUAAAAGAGCACCCUUUAAUUCUGAGGCUAUGACCUCUGGAUUGCAUGUUCCAUGGCUAUCUGUGGCUAUGGAUCAAAGUAAACAUAAUAUUAUGAUUCAUUCAAAAUAACACUGAUCCAAAGCAGCCUAUAUCCAUAAAUUCAGAACCUGUGCAUAUUUCUUGAAGUUCUUGAGAAUGGAUCAUUGUUCAAAAUGUACUUUUAUAGAUUUUUACUGAAUAUUCUUUAUUAUUUUAAACGGAAUCCUGUGCCUUCACACCUUCUACAACUUCUGAUUGCAUGGAAUCUCUGAGGUAAUUAUGUAUCCUCGGGAGGACCAGAGCCACAUUAUUACAGUGCAAUUUUAUAUGCAGAAUACUGAGCUGCUUUUAUUUAUAAUGUAACCUGGUAACGAUUCAGGGCCCCCUUAAAGUGCCUUCGGACUCAUUCCUAGAGUGUUGCAAAAAAACCAAAGUAUACAUAGUGCCAGAAUAUUUAACUGCAGCGACUGCUGCAAAUUGCAUUCCUUUUCUGUGACUGUUGGGUAAAGCCACUCUUCAAUUUUUAAAUGUAUAUAAACAUAACAUGGCAGAACUUUUGACACUAGAUUAAUCACUGUCAGACACAAUUGCACGACUUUGGUUGUGAAUACUUAGUUGUAUCAGUACUUUAGACCUACCUGUAGCUCUGUAUGGUUGAAUGGUCUUUACAUGUUGGUCUUUAAGCAGCUUGGGGUUCCUGGAUCAUAACAUCCAGUUGUACCAGUGAAUACUGUGUACCAUUGCAUGUUCCCCUCUAUUGAGGGGCAAUACACAUUUGGUACAAGUACAACCUGGCUGGAUUGUAUAUGAAUCCUACAUGCUGAGGCUGUGCUCCUUACACCAACCUGGACGCGUGGAAGGUUAGGAUCUCUUUAUUUUUUUUAUGAGCAAGUGAUUAUGGCACAUUUUUUACAGCCUUUCUGCAUAAUUUGUUUGUCUCACUUCAGUUUUGUAUUUAUGUAAACAACUUUAAUUGGGUGGAUCUGCUGGUGAUGAUUUGGAAGAAAUAACAUUGCUCCUUGCACAAUUACUGUAGUUAAAUUGCUUUCAAUAAAUACACUUGCUAGAGUGGAUCACUGAA